CGCCGAUGAGCAUGAUGAGUCAAUCCGAACAUUCAUGAUUUGUGCGUCCGAUGAGCUCAGCGAAUGAUAAACAGAUUUACACAGACCAGAAUGUUAAGUUUAGAUAUUAGUAUGAAGAUGAUAGAAGACUGGAAUCUAGCAAGAAUAUCAGUAUGAACGCGUCGUCUACCAUAUUCAACACCACUGAUGGAACGGGGAGCAUUAUCAACAGCACGGGUGGCGUGGACCUAACAGUGAAGUUUGAUUCGCCAAAAUGGGUCAUACCGGUUCUUUCAUGUUUUGGUGUUCUCAUAACUUAUAUAUCCGUAUCCACCUAUUUGUAUAUGUUUAAAUGCGGCAGGAAAUCUCUGACCCGGAAAUCUUCAUCCGAUGUACUUUACCUGAAAGUUAUGGACAUUCUGCUUGCAAUAACAUGUGUCUGUUCCUGUUUAGUGGUGUACGUGGACUUAACAAAAUCCGCUAUAUCCGGACCCAUACAUUACAAAGCUUACUCUGUUUUGGUUCUGCUAAAGUAUUCAAUAUUUUCUAUCGGACAGUCUUGCAUCUACAUACUUUUAUAUUCAAGGCAAAGAGCGUUUUACAAUCUACCUACAAUGAAGACUUACUUUCCAAAAUAUUGCCUCGUCGGGAAUAACUUGUACUUUAUCCUACUUCUAGGAUUGUGUGUGCUUAGUGCCGGUAUUUUCAUCAGCACUCGGACGCCAGAAUAUACCCUCUGUCUUUUCAAAAAAACUUGCCUCGGGAGAACGGAGCAAUACAUCAAGCAUGGUAUUUUCGUUGCAUCCACAUCAUUUGGACAAAUAACUUUGCUGGGUAUGUUGAGCUACCCAAUUCACCUACAUGGAAAAAACUCACAAUUAGAUGAAAAUGCUAAACGAGGAGUUAAGCUUAUUAAAAGAGCUUUAAUUUUGACUCUCAUAUGCAUUGCAUCACAUGUUCUGACAGUCAUACUAGUAGUUGUUGUAUUAUCAUUUGAUGACGAGGUCAUCGGAAAUAUGAUAUAUGACAUCAAUUUGAUUAUCCAAACAUGCUGCGUUAUUUGCAAUUUUUCGAAUCGUUCAGAGCGAAUGUCAAUAGUGCAUGUUUGGAUACAAAACAAACGAAUAAAAAUAGAAGCACAGCAUAAGCUUACAAAAAAGCGUGGGAUGCCAGAAACAGUGACAACAACAUUAACUGUAUGAAUGAUAUGGUACUUUUCUAUGAUUAAGACAUGAUUCCCUUAUUAUAUCGGCUGAUAGGUCAGGAUGCCAAGUAUGAGUACUUACAAGUAUUCGAUUCUUAUCCAAUUCCUAAAUUUUCGAUUCUGAUUCCGAAUCUCGAUACCGAAAAAAUAUA